GUGCCCGUCCCCCGCCCCGCCCCACCGUCCGUCCCCAGCCCGGCCCGGCGGUAAGAUGGCGGCGGCGGCCGAGUGUGAUGUGGUCAUGGCGGCGCCCGAGGGACUCGGCGAGCCCGAGAGCGAGGAGACGCGGAGAGAAGCUGAAUCAUUCAAGGAACAAGGAAAUGCAUACUAUGCCAAGAAAGAUUACAAUGAAGCAUACAACUAUUACACAAAAGCCAUAGAUACCUGUCCUAAUAAUGCCAGUUAUUAUGGUAACAGAGCUGCCACACUCAUGAUGCUGGGGAGAUUCCGAGAAGCACUGGGAGAUGCUCAGCAGUCUGUCAGAUUGGAUGAUAGCUUUGUAAGGGGCCAUCUACGGGAAGGGAAGUGCCAUCUUUCCCUAGGGAAUGCCAUGGCUGCCAGCCGCUGCUUUCAACGAGUUUUAGAACUGGAUCAUAAGAAUACUCAGGCACAGCAAGAGCUGAAGAACGCCAGUACUGUGCUUGAGUAUGAAAAAAUAGCUGAAGUGGAUUUUGAGAAACGGGAUUUCAGGAAGGUUGUGUUUUGCAUGGAUCGUGCUUUGGAGUUUGCUCCUGCUUGUCACCGAUUCAAAAUCCUCAAGGCUGAAUGUUUAGCAUUAUUGGGUCGCUACCCAGAAGCACAGUCUGUAGCAAGUGACAUCUUACGAAUGGACUCAACAAAUGCAGACGCUCUGUAUGUCCGUGGUCUCUGCCUUUAUUAUGAGGACUGUAUUGAGAAAGCAGUGCAAUUUUUUGUCCAAGCACUCAGAAUGGCUCCUGAUCACGAGAAAGCAUGUCUUGCCUGCCGUAAUGCCAAAGCACUUAAAGCAAAGAAAGAAGAUGGGAAUAAAGCAUUCAAAGAAGGAAACUACAAACUAGCAUAUGAACUGUACACAGAGGCACUAGGAAUAGAUCCAAAUAACAUAAAAACAAAUGCCAAACUGUACUGCAACCGAGGAACAGUUAAUUCAAAGCUUAGGAAACUUGAAGAAGCAAUAGAUGACUGCACAAAUGCAGUAAAACUGGAUGACACGUAUAUCAAAGCAUACUUGAGGAGAGCACAAUGUUACAUGGACACAGAACAAUAUGAAGAUGCUGUAAGAGACUAUGAAAAGGUUUAUCAGACAGAAAAAACGAAAGAACACAAGCAACUUCUAAAGAAUGCACAGGUGGAACUGAAAAAGAGCAAACGGAAAGACUACUAUAAAAUCCUUGGGGUUGACAAAAAUGCCUCUGAAGAUGAGAUCAAGAAGGCUUACAGGAAAAGAGCACUAAUGCAUCAUCCAGACCGACAUAGUGGGGCAAGUGCAGAAGUACAGAAGGAAGAAGAGAAGAAAUUUAAGGAGGUUGGUGAAGCCUUUACCAUCCUGUCAGAUCCCAAGAAGAAGGCCCGCUACGACAGCGGGCAGGAUCUAGAAGAGGAUGGAUUGAACAUGGGAGACUUUGAUGCAAAUAAUAUCUUCAAGGCCUUCUUUGGUGGGCCAGGUGGCUUCAGUUUUGAAGCUUCUGGGCCUGGAAAUUUCUUUUUCCAGUUUGGCUAAAAAACAAACAAACAAAAAAACAAAAACCACACAUACCUGAUCUGCUUAUUUUAACCUUGAAUACGGACAUACUUAGACUCCUUCCUUCAUCAUGUCUCAUUGUACUUAGAGCAGUUUCAUUUUUCUCGGUUGGAGACCUCUGUUUUGUGUGCUUUUGUGUGUGAAGAGGAAACCAGCUCGGGGAGGGGAAGGCUUGUGAAUUUUGUUUUACUGUUAACUUUAUUAAAAAAAAAAAAAAAAAAAUAAAGCUUUGAAUCUUUUGGUCCCUCCAUGCUGGCCCGUACUUUCAGACUGUUCCUGCUCCUCAGCAGAGAGGAUUUCCCUGAAGUCCUCUCGGAAUCUUGACUUGUAAGAGGGUGAAGUAAUCUCCUAUUUUGUUUUGGUUGACUCCAAAGUGCAGUAUGGCAGCAUGUCUGGGGUUUGUAGUAACUUUUAAGUUAUCUUAAUCUUCUGAAAAUAUUGCCAAGAUUCAAUCAAGUUUCAUACAAUCGCAUUUUACCUGCCAGCUGUCUUUUUUUUUUUCUUUUUUUUUCUUUUUUUUUUUUGCCAUGGUUCUACCAGAAUGGUACACUUGGGCAUUAACUUCAAUGAUAAUGUGUGAGCUUAACAAUUUUGUAUCAGAGAAAUGCUUCUUUGGAUUUAAAAGAGCAGCUUAUGCGAGAAUUCCCUGUGAUGCAGCUAGAAUUAAGGGCUUUGUGUUGCCGCUCCAAGAAUUGUCCUAUUUAAGGGAAUAUUGAAUUUGCUCUGGGCUGAAUUUCUUCACCGUACUUUUUUUAAUUAAUCCACUUGAACAUUUAAUAUUUGUGCUAAAACUUGAUUUUGUUGAGCUUGAUGUUUGAUUUCAUGUUACUGAUCCAUAACGUGGAUGACCUCUUUCUAGCUCUGAAGAAAUGCAAAGUAAAAUUCAGGUUAAUAAUUGAAAACGGUUACUGUGUGCGUGCAGCAGUGUGCUCUCGUAAUGUUUACAGGAACUGUACAGAUAUGUUAAACUAGUCAAGUAGUUUUCAACUAGAAGUAAUUUACUAGUCCAAAGAAGCAAGAAAAUGCAAAGUCAAACUCUGAACUGACAGUCUGUCACUUGCUUCUCUUGCACAAUGUCAGGGCAAGUGCUGGAGGGAUGAGCUUAAAGCCUGGAGCUGCGUGCAGCUGCGCUAUCUCAAAUUGAAAAUGGAUUUGGUUUGGUGGUACUGCCAGUUAACAUGAAUGCUGUUUUAUUUUUCACCAUAAAUGUAGUGUUACAGCAAGAUCUCAGCUGGGAGAGGACUCUGCUUCCAGAAUUCUUCCCUUUUCUCUAGAGGGUGAAGAACCUUUUUGACUAGGUGCUUUGUUCAAGUUAAGUACUGUCUGUGAAAAGGUUCUGGAGCACAGCGGGUGGCAUUGUCUGACAGAGCUUCUCGAGGUCUUGCUCAGAAGUGGGGUGUGAGAGAAAGUGUGUUGGCACUCGGCAACACUGGCGAGAAGGGCAGAGUCUCUGCAGCAUUGCUGUAUCUGGAGUGUUUUGAACUGACCUGCGGUAGUGUAGUGAUGUUUGGAGGGCUGAAUUUUGCUUGGCUGAGAAAACGGGUGUUUAUACAAAUACAUGCAAGACUCUUUCCUAGAGCAACCUGACACUAACUUUUAUAUAAUAUCUGAUUUAACUUCUUACUGCAGGAAGAAAAACUGCAAUGAAUUCAUUGCAUGAAAUGCUAACAUCGUUGUCUUCCUUCCUUUUGAGGGCUGUACUUGUCCUGUUCAGUGGGACAGAGUUGCUAGACCACAAUGCAAGUGAACUUCAUUUCCAACAGUUGCAAUAGUGUCAUGGUGCUGCCGCCGCCGAGUACUACAGUCCUGUGGUUGUGUUUUGUCAGAUUUAUUGACAAUCUGCUUUCAUAGAGGGAAGAUUUAAGGGCUUAAAUUCUAGUACUGCAGAAUAAAGAAAGAAUUCUAUAACUCACUCGAAAGUCAGCUUUGAAAAUGAGCCAAUGUUGAGUAAUAUUUCCAAAAACAGACUCUACAACAUUUAUUCUAACUUCCUUCGCACCAGUGUAAUGUGAUGGACUUACCCGGAUUGCACUGAGAGCAAAAUAAGGUCCUAGCAUCUUUUAGACUCUGAAACGGUAAUUAUCUGGGGAAUUGAAAUAAUGGUCUAUGCAUAUUGAUACUUCUUCAGUUCUCAUGGCACUUGUGAGUCAGAGUUUACAGGACUUGUUUUAGUGUGGCAUUCUGGAUUCAUAAUGUCUUGUCCUGUGUGUAUUGAUAUUACUGUACAGUUUGGACUUUUAUCAGUCUUUUAUUACCAUGCAGAGACGUGUCCUGCAUUUGUCAGUGGUUUUUAUUAUUAUUAUUAUUAUUUCCCCCUCCCCCCAGUUAAGUAUGACAGGCUUCCUUCUCUCCAAACUUUGAAUGAGACCAUUCCUUGGAGGACAGAAGCGCAGUGGCUUUUCUUCUGAGAGAGAAAAUGUAUACAGCAGAUAUUUAUAAAACUGCACAUGAAUGCAUGAUUUAAUGUAGUUAAAUAUUAAUAUGGUGAGUGCCAAGACUUUUCUAAGGAGCGUUAUAAUGUGAUUCAAAGUGAAGGCGAACACGUGUUCCCUUUUGCACAGAGCGCUAGCGUUUGAGCGGCGUUCAGUGACUCUCCCGUUACCUCAGGACAGCAGCAGCAGCAUCUGGAGAUAGAGGUGCGGUGGCAUUGUAACCUCCAUCGUGUCCUCGCACAGCUUGGAGACACGGAACUCUGUUUCUUUCAGAAAAAUCUGCUUAGAUGUGUGUUGCUUGAAACAUUGCCUUUCACACUUGGUAGUUAUGGAACAUUAUUCAUGGGUUGUAUUUUGUACACAGCCACAGGGAACCUUAGUGCCAUUUUUCUAGCUGCUACCACUCUGCAGACCUCCCUGGCUUUCUUCGGCUGGAGAGGAGCUACCAGACGUAGGAAUUUGCCACAGAGACAAUGAGUAAGUAUCUUAAAGGGGUAUUAUGCCUGUGCUUUUUCUAGAAUGGUAAAGAGCUAAUGGAGGUGAUAGGAGGCAGUUGCUGUAGGUGAUACUCUUGAAGCACAAGCACAGUGGGAUACACAUGCAUCGAGCCUUAUUUAGAAUCGUACUGUUCCCUUUGGUGUGACUGUAGGCAGGUGGAAGAAACCAGUGAUGAAGCCCUUCCUUUUAAUGAGAAGAGUUGUUUUUCUGGAAGUCAGUCUUUGUAAUUAUUGAAAGGUUUCUUUUUUGGCAUAACAGCAAGAGCCUUAAUGCUUCACCCUGAAACGUACCUAAACAUGCCCCCGGACUGUUUGUUCCAUGUGCAGAAUCCCUUGCACCCUGUUCUGCCUGGUGAACAGCCCAAAAUACAGAUGCCGAGCAGCUUUUGCUGCACAGUGUGUAUUUGCCCUUUGGCCUACCAGCUCCUGCCCGGUGUUUCCGAAGGGGAAUGGUUGGUGCUGUGGGAGUUCCUGCCGAAGGGAACGACCAAGAGAUAGCAGAGCUGACGUGGCUAAAAGCCAGACCGGGCUGGUGUGUAAGGGAGGGAUCUUUUAGCGGAUGUGAUGGAAGUAAUUGCUAUUGAACAGCUCGAUAACUGGCAGAGAAGCUGUCAGCUUCCCCUGUGAAAGCUGUAAACUACAAGAAAGAUUGUGUGUGUGUGGGGAGCAUGGCUCUUGGCAGACCAAGCGUGUGAAGUGAGGCUCCGUUGUGACUCUAUAGUGUUUACAAGGAGAUAAGGAGUUGUUUGACUAUUACGCUUUCCCUCUGAUGUUUUUUUGCCUAAUCAUGAUACUUGUGGUGUCUGAACUGCUGUAGGGAUAGUUUCAAGUAGUGAAAUGCAGUUGCAUUCAAAUGAAAAAGGAAGCACUUUCAUGCUUUAAAAAUUAAAACAUGCAUCAGUAAUGCUAGUGUGUGGGAGAUACUUGCAUGUAUGAUGGUCCGACCUCUAGACCACAAAGCCUGGUGUGUUCCUUCUUGUGUGGAUUUACUUUACAAAUCUGAUGCUGUGUCAGCUCCAUCUUUUCCUGGGGAGUAUUGAGAGAGUCCUUUCCAGAUACACUGAACCUGGACUUGAAAUCAGCUGUAAAGACCAUUAAGAUGCUUCUGGCUGCCCACUUUGACAGGCUCUUCACUGUUUCGGCUACACAUGCUACAUAGGAAAGUACAUGGUUUCGUUUGUGAACUUGGAAGUGUUGCUAUAAAGCUGGAUCCUUAGUGCUAAAGGCUUCUGACUGUUUUGUAAAUACAUUAAUGCAAAUUGAGAGAAAGGAGAAAGAAAAAAAAUGUUUAGGGACAACAGUAUUAUUAUCCAUGGAAUAUUGCAAGUCCCUCAGCUUUCUGUAUCUGAAGGGGAUACAGAAUGAAAGCUGCUGUGCUGUUGUUUCAUUUCCAAUAUGGAAACUGGCUCAGCCCCUGUGCCCACCUGUGAGCACUGGUCUCAAGCCAGCCACGCGCUGGAGGGCUGUGCUCGGCCGAAUCGCUCUUCAACCAAUUGAAUGACCAAAGCGUUUGGACCACACAGUGGUUUGCUCUUCUUUCAAAAUUUCUUCCUCAGUUUCAGUAAUAACUAAAGAUAUUCACUUAUCUUCAAGUGGAUGAUUUUCAUCCCGUUUAAAUUUGUGCCUUGUACCCGCCCCUCCCCUUUCUUAGGGAAAAAGGACAGCUCGUGUGUUGCACCUACCCGAGUUUCUCCGAGCAGUGCUGAGGUCUGUCUUGGGCUGUUGCAGGAGUGCUGUAACUAAGGCUGAAAGGCGACAGGCUGGAUCGCAGCAGUUCUGUGACCCUCCAUUCUCCUGGAGGCUGCUCACGCGCAGCAGUACUGUAUUCUGGAGAUGUUCCUGUUGUCCUUGCUUACCACAGCAGCAGGACCUGGGCUUGGCUUUGAAAGACGAUGCGUAAUGCUUUGGCCUUCCUCGACAUACCCUGGCUUUCCCCACUCCUGCAGAGUCAGGGACAGGAUUAUCCCCUCUUCUUUGAGUAGUGCUAGGCAAGUUUCACUCUAGCAUAGAUCUGACCUCUGAAGGAAAGCUCCUCUAUGAAAUGUGAGCUCUGAAAUGUUGUAACCUAGACGAUGCCAAGGUGAGGCAUCUUCUGCAACGUGGUGUUACUGAGCUAGAGCUUCAGCAUGAUCGGGUGCCUCGGGAAGGCAGGAGUCUGUUGGGAGAGCUGGGAUGCUGCCUCUGGCUGGGCGUGCAGCUUGGCUGCAGUUCUGGCAUAGCCAAUCUGACCUCAAUUACCCCAUCUUCCUCCCUUGCUUUCACUUAAUAGCUCGUGCUUCAAAAGAGAAAAUUGCGUGAAGCAAUGUUGGAGGGGUUGAGUGCGAAACAGCAAACCGAGCACCUUCAUUGCAUGCGUACCUGCUUUGUUGUAACGACAUUAAGGAGUAGUCAAGACAAAACCAGAUGCUGAUGUGAAGCCAACUUAGAGAGGACACUAGACCCUGUGCUGCAGUAUUUAUCUGAAUCGAAAUUCUGAAUGUUUACCUCAGUGUAAAUAUCUUAACCUUUCCAGUGGGAGGAAAGGAGUAUUGCAUGGAGCAAUCACUAUCCCCAGCGCUUUGCCAAACACAUCAUCCUCUCUAAGACAGGCUUCACAUUGGUAUGAAUACUGUCCCUCUUUGGACCCUUACCUUUCUAGGAUGUGAAUGGUAAAAAUGUGAAUAUUUGUUGUUUACUUCAUUAGGCAUAAUUCAUAAUGAUGUGUUUAUAUGAAGAAUAUCACAGACUGAAGCAAAACCAUAUGCAAUUGGUUUACUUUAUUAUAAACUGUAUAUGAUGUACAAACUAAUAAAAACUUAAAUGAC